GUCAUGUGUUGAUGUGAUGAAAUCAUGCAAAAUUAAAUAAAAUUUUGUUGUGAAAUAUUGUAUUAGUCAUCCAAGUUGUGACAAUAUUUUUGUUUAAACAUAAAUCCUCUUAUAACAAACUUAAUAAAUCUACAUAGAAAUGAAUUUUUUUAGAAAGGAACCCACAGUAAAAGAACAGCAAAGACAAAAUGAGAGAGAACUUAGAAAGGCCACUAGGGAUUUGGAACGGGAUAAAGCAAAGCUAGAGAGAGAAGAAAAGAAAUUGGAAAUGGAUAUUAAGAAAAUGGCUAAUGAAGGCAAUAAUGAUGGAUGUAAAAUAUUGGCUAAGCAAUUGGUGCAAUUAAGAAAGCAGAAAAAUAGAAUAUACUCCGCUAACAGUAAGAUAUCAAAUGUUCAACUCCACAACAAGACGAUGGGAGCGAACAUAGCCAUAGCGGGUGCGAUGGGCACCACGGCCAAGACAAUGGGCAACAUGAACAAGGUCAUGAACCCGCAUCAAAUCGCCAAGGACAUGGAAGCGUUCCGACAGGCGAAUGCCAAGAUGGACAUGACCGAUGACAUGAUUUCAGACACUCUUGAUGACAUCAUGAACGAAUCUGGCGACGAAGAAGAAUCUGAGGGAAUUGUCAACCAAGUGCUUGAUGAAAUUGGCAUUGAAAUUAGUGGCAAGAUGGCCGACGCACCGUCAGUAGCUCGGAACAAGAUUGGCGCUUCGACUACCGAUGACGACAAGGAAAUCAUGGCUCAGCUCGCGAGACUUAAAUCCACAUAAUUAUGGAUUUAUUCGAUGAUUACGUUCACAUAUUUAUUAGGAAAUUAUUAUCUUUGAAAGUACUAUUUGCGAUCUUUUGUAAAGGUUCCAAUUCCAAAGUUAUUACUUCGUUAAACAACUGAUACUAAAAUCGUGGUAUGUAAUGUAAUAGUAAUAAGUUGUUUUGUUAAAUCAUGAUAA